AUGCUUAUCCUGACCAAGCACGAACAACCGAGUCGAAAUGGCUCAGGUCACCGACUACGUGCCAGUGAUCAACAACAGAUCCGUCGAGGAAUUUUAACACUACUGCGAAAUAAGCCAACUGGAUCGCGAGCCAAGAAUUUGGACCGGCUGCUUGCCUCCUAUUUACAACCACCAAUUGCCUUACUGCGUGCCUCUGAGGACACAACCUGUACCUCCCAUGGUUUAUACCAUCCUGCCGAAUCGGCUUGUAUUCCAAGAGCCGUGCUUGAUAAUAAAUUUUUGGCGAAUCAUCGUAUGGCUGGCUCACCGCGACGUCAACGAAUGGGUAAAUUGCUCGUCCUAAAGAUAGUUAUGCUCAGUGGGUGCCGCGUGAGGUUGUUCCAAACCGAAGACUGUCGUUUUGGGUUAGAAUUGUGGAAACUUUCCUCUUCCGCUGCUUCCACAGAUGUUCUUCACCAAGAUGCAUCGGCCAGAUCUAAUAAACUCACGCUUGUCACCACGUUGGCCGCACUAACGGAAAAUGAUUACGAGAACUUCCUCGGAGAUUUGACUGGUUGUUUGCGCGAAAGCCAUACGGUGCUGCGGGAAGUUCAAGGUCGCUAA